AUGCCAAAGACGCAAUCGGCCCCAAGUACACCAACACCAACACCAAUGUCAGAAUCAAGACUGCAGAGACUAGCCAACCUGAAAAUAGGGACCCCGCAAGAGCUUAGACGGACCUCUAUUAUAGGCACCAUCGGACCGAAGACAAAUAGCUGCGAGGCAAUCACCGCUUUGAGGAAGGCUGGACUGAAUAUCAUUCGAAUGAACUUCUCCCACGGCUCCUAUGAAUUCCACCAAUCAGUGAUCGACAAUGCCUUGGAAUCAGAACAGCUGUUCCCCGGAAGACCACUCGCCAUUGCUCUGGACACCAAGGGCCCUGAAAUCAGAACGGGGCGCACCUCGGACGACCAGGACUUCCACAUCCUCGUAGACCACCAGAUGAUCUUCACCACGGACGCAAAGUUCGAACACUCCUCCAAUGACAAAAUUAUGUACAUAGACUACGCUAAUUUGACAAAAGUAAUCGUGCCCGGGAAGUUCAUAUACGUGGACGAUGGGAUUCUGUCCUUUAAAGUGCUGCAAAUCAUGGAUGAUUCCAAUAUAAGGGUCCAAGCUCUCAAUUCGGGUUACAUCUCAUCCCGUAAAGGUGUCAAUUUACCCAAUACCGACGUAGACUUGCCCCCUCUGUCCGCAAAGGAUAUACAGGACUUGCAAUUCGGCAUGCGGAAUGGAAUUCACAUGGUAUUUGCCUCAUUCAUCAGAGCCCCUGAAGACGUCUUGACCAUUAGAAAAGUUUUGGGCCCUGAAGGCCAGGACAUCAAAAUCAUCUCCAAGAUCGAAAACCAACAAGGUCUGGAUAAUUUUGACGCAAUCCUGCAAGUCACAGAUGGUGUCAUGAUAGCAAGGGGUGAUUUGGGUAUCGAGAUCCUGGCACCAGAAGUGCUGGCCAUUCAGAAAAAACUCAUCGCAAAAUGUAAUGUGGCGGGCAAACCUGUCAUUUGCGCGACCCAAAUGCUGGAGUCAAUGACCUACAACCCAAGACCCACAAGGGCUGAAGUCUCUGAUGUCGGAAAUGCUGUGUUGGAUGGUGCUGAUUGUGUUAUGUUGUCUGGCGAAACGGCAAAGGGCGAUUACCCAGUCAAUGCGGUCAAGAUAAUGGCGGCCACAGCUUUAAUUGCAGAAAGCACUAUUGCGCAUUUGGCUCUAUAUGAUGAUCUCAGAGACGCCACUCCUAAGCCCACCUCCACUACAGAAACCGUUGCAGCCGCAGCCACUGCAGCUAUUUUGGAGCAAGAUGGUAAAGCCAUCGUUGUAUUAUCCACUACAGGAAACACAGCAAGGUUGCUCUCUAAAUAUAGACCAAGUUGUCCUAUCAUACUAGUAACGAGGCACGCAAGAACGGCAAGAAUCGCACAUUUAUACAGAGGUGUUUUUCCAUUUGUCUUUGAGCCAAAACGCUUGGACGACUGGGCUGAAGACGUGCACAGACGCUUAAAGUUUGGCGUGGAAAUGGCGAGGUCUUUUGGAAUGCUCGAAAGUGGUGAUACUGUUGUUUCCAUCCAAGGUUUCAGAGGCGGAAUCGGACAUUCAAACACCUUGCGUGUUUCUACUGUUGGUGAAGAGUUUUAG